AUGAGCAUUAUUUUAACCUUUUUAGCUUUAUUUGUUUUUUUAAUUUGUGUGUUUCCAUGUAUUACGGAAGAUACUCAUAAAUACGUGUACUCCGAGAUUUGUGGAAAAGGGGCGAAUGAAAAUGAAUCAAGCGUAUAUUGUAUGAAGGAUCAUAAGAAGAAGAAUUCUUUAUAUGUUUAUAAACAUAUUAUGAAAUUUUUCUUAGAUAAAUAUAAAUCAAUUCCCAAUGAAAUAGCAUUAGUAGAACAUUCUUAUGGGGAACCCCAAAAUUAUAUAACAUAUGACAAUUUUUUUAGAAAAGUAUCAUCAUUUAGUCAUACUUUGAAUACUUAUGAAGGAAAAGGUAUUGAAUCCAAAAAAUAUAAUGAAAAACAAAAUAAUGGUAUAUUUAAAUUAUUAGGUAUAUAUGGAAGUAAUUCAAUUAAUUGGCUAGCUUCUGAUUUGAGUGCAAUGAUGAGUGGAGUUACUACAUUAGUGAUGCAUUCUAAAUUUAGUAUUGAUGUAAUUGUAGAUAUAUUAAAUGAAACACAAUUGGAAUGGUUAUGUUUAGAUUUAGAUUUGGUUGAAGGAUUAUUAAAUCAUAUAAAUGAAUUACCACACCUAAAAAAUCUUAUAAUUUUAGAUACCUUAUCUAAAAAUAAAGAAAUAAAUUUAAAUAAGGAAGAAAAUAAUAAUGAUAAGAAGAAUAAAUCCUCAGGAAAUAGCACUAGUGUAAAAGGAAAUGAUUUAUCGAACAUGAUUGAAAUUACGUGUUCAGGUCCUUUGGAAUAUGAUAAGGAAAAACUAAAAAAGUAUAAUGAAUUAAAAAAAAAAUGUGAGAAAUGUGGAAAGAAGCUAAUGUUGUUUGAUGAUAUGACAAAGACUCAAACUAAAAAAUUCACUAUUAAAAAUGAAGACCCUGAUUUUGUUACGUCUAUUGUAUAUACCUCUGGAACAUCAGGAAAACCGAAGGGUGUUAUGCUGAGCAAUAAAAAUAUUUACAAUCAAUUAUUUUCAUUAUAUAAUCAUAGUGUAAGAGAAAGGUAUAGUUUUAAAAAUCAUUUAUCUUAUUUACCCAUAUCUCAUGUGUUCGAGAGAACAUUUGCUUAUAGUAUAUUAAUGUAUGGUGGAACAUUAAAUGUAUGGGGUAAAGAUAUUAAUUAUUUUUCUAAAGAUAUAUAUAAUACUAAGGAAAAUAUAAUGGGUGGGGUACCUAAGGUUUUUUGUAGAAUUUAUACUAAUAUAAUGACAGAAAUAGACAAUUUACCAUCUCCUAAAAGGCGGCUUGUAAGAAAAAUUUUAUCUUUACGUAAAUCUGAUCACAAUGGUCCUUUUAGUAAAUUCCUUGAAAGCAUUUUUCAUAUAUCGAAAAAAAUAAAAGAUAAAGUAAAUCCUAAUUUGGAAAUUAUACUAAGUGGCGGUGGGAAGUUAUCACCAGAUAUAGCAGAAGAAUUUUGUUAUUUAUUAAAUAUAAAAUAUUGUCAAGGUUAUGGUUUAACUGAAACUGCAGGUGCUAUUCUUGGUAAUCAUGCAGAUGAUGAACAUUUCGAAUAUAUAGGAGGUCCCAUUGCACCAAAUACAAAAUAUAAAGUAAGAACAUGGGAAACAUAUAAAGCAACUGAUACACUGCCAAAAGGUGAAUUAUUAAUUAAAAGUGAUUCCAUGUUUAGUGGAUACUUUUUAGAAAAGGAAUGUACCAAAAAUGCCUUCACAGAUGAUGGUUAUUUUAAAACGGGAGAUAUUGUACAAAUUAAUGAUAAUGGUUCUGUAACCUUUUUAGAUAGAUCAAAGGGUUUGGUUAAAUUAUCUCAAGGUGAAUAUAUAGAAACGGAUAUGCUAAAUAAUUUAUAUUCUCAAAUAACGUUUGUAAAUUUUUGUGUUGUAUAUGGUGAUGAUUCUAUGGAUGGACCAUUGGGAAUUAUAUCUGUGGAUAAAUAUUUACUUUUUAUAAGUUUAAAGAAUGAUAAUAUGUUAGAAAAAACUGGAGUUACUGAAAAAAAUUAUUCAGAAAAAUUAAUUGAUGAAACAUUAAAUGAGACUAUUUAUAUUGAUUAUGUAAAGGGGAAAAUGAUGGAAAUUUAUAAAAAAACUAAUUUAAAUAGAUACAAUGUUAUUAAUGAUAUAUAUAUAACUUCGAAACAAUGGGACACAACGAAUUACCUUACUCCAACAUUUAAAAUAAAAAGAUUCAAUGUAUUUAAAGAUUUUUCCUUUUACAUAGAUGCAGUUAAAAAGAAAUAUGAAGAAAAAUUAAGUGGAAGUAGCACGGGUAGUAUGAAUAAUGGUGAACGUUGUGAGAAAAAAGAUGAUAUUAAAAAUGGAAGUGAUAAUGAAAAUAAAAGAAUAUCGAAAUCGCAAUUGAAUGGUUUAAAUGAAUGUGCAAUAAAAUCUGAAGAAGAAGAUGUUCUAGAAGAAGUUCAAAAAGCACUAAGAAAAUAUGAAGAGAAGAACAUAACUCAGGGAGUACAAAAACAAUUAAGAAGAAGUAAUGGAACAUCUAUGAGAAAGGCAAGAGAAGGAUCAUUAUUAAAUAGUAAUGAAAGAGAAAAUGAUAUAAAUGGAAAAAGAUAUAUAAAAGAAACUGUACCAGAAGAACAACAAGUAAAUGCAUAA